GAAAAUGGCAGACGUUUCGUUGGAUGAAGUGAUACGACGGCGCGGUAUUAACCUCAAGGCUACAGCUAAACGACCCAUGUUUGGACGGGGUUCAGGGGCUGCAGGAGGCACAGGGGGUGCAGGAGGCACUGGUAAGAGUUUUGAUGCCAGGCAGAAGAUUGGAGUUAAUGACGCAAGGCAGCGACUUGGAGGAGGAACAGGUUUUCAAGUGAAAGAUGCCAGAGAAAAGCUGGGACAGAAAGAUGCUCGCUUCAAAAUCCGUGGCAGGGGAGGAGCAGGAGGAGUGCAGGAUGCCCGUCAGAUGAUCAACUCACGCAAACAGGGGCAGAAUCCUUUCAGUGUCCCCCCACAGACCACGCAAAAGACGGCAGUAACACACCAAUUACAAGGCCCUACACUUGUGCCACAGAUACACAUAAACACCAACAACAAUCCUGGCGGUGUGAACAGCAGGCAGUUUACCCCUAAUGUACAAGGACUGAGUCUGAGGGGCAGUGCAACGCCACAGCUGAGCAGUAAUAAGAGAAUGAUGGAUGCUCGUGAUAGGCUGAGCCUGAAGAGGAGCAUUGGAGGGACACAGACACAGGCGGCUGCUGUCCCACCCUUAAAAAUAACCAAGACCAUACAGCAACGUCCGGUUGGGAUGUCGGGUGGCAUACGUGCAGCUUCACAGCCUGUCUCAAAUGAGCAUGAUGGCACCUCCACUAAACAAAUAAAGAUUACCACUGCAAACAAUAUGCUACAAUCACGUUCUGGUACAAUAGGCUCCACAUUCUCCAUGUCAGCCCCAAUUACCAAGGUGGUUAAAAAUGAUGCUUACACAGCCCCACGUCCUCCUGUCCCCGUGGCUCCAACCCGGCCCAGCACCAGCAUGGCUGCCAACCGGUCCUCAGCCGCAGCCUUACAGCCAGUCUCCAGGACCCUCCAGCAAAACGCAGCAGAAACCAGCACAACGGCUCCUACUCCCCCUCAGCCUGCUUUCAGUCCUUUGGAGGGGACAAAAAUAACAGUGAACAACCUGCAUCCCCGUGUCACAGAGGAAGAUAUAGUUGAACUGUUCUGUGUGUGCGGUGCCUUGAAGCGAGCACGGCUGGUGAGGGUGGGUGUGGCUGAAGUGGUGUUUGUCCGUAAAGAGGACGCUGUGAGCGCGUACAGGAAGUACAACAAUCGCUGCCUGGAUGGCCAACCCAUGAAGUGUAACCUUCAUAUUCAGGGAAAUGUCAUCACAUCUGAUCAGCCCAUUCUAUUGAGGCUCAGUGACACUCCAGGCACAGGCGGCGGUGCAAAGAAAGACGGUCUGCCCCCCUCCUUGUCUCGCCCCGCCGGUCAACGAGCCUCUUCUCAGCCUACUCCAGAGGUGGACCCCCAGACCAUCCUCAAAGCUCUGUUCAAGUCCACUGCACAGUCCACCUCCACCACUGAGCCCCCCAGCUCACAGGCUACAGCCUUCCGCAUCAAGAUAUAACUCAUGUCUAGUGUAAAUACACUGUCUGUUCAUAAACAUAUUACUGCAUUCUCAGUGUUAACAUACGAACUGUGGUUUUCACCUUGACGGCAGGCAGCCUUCAUUCUCAUAUAAAACUGAUUUUUACACAUUUGAUAUACAUGACUACUCUGAACUUGAAAUUCAUGGAUAUCAACAUCCUGUUUUUGUGGUAUCCAAGUGUCACCUGUUUGAUUCUGAGAUGGACCAGUAGAAAGGAAUGUGAUGCGAUUUGUUGUUUUAAUCCGAUGUGGUGGGGGAUGCCAAAUCAAGACUGGAAUUGUAGUGAUUUUUUUUUUUUUUGUCAAUUCAAUGCCAGUGCAUCUGAAUAUGUCGAGUUUUUUAAAUACUCCAGUUUAACUGUUAUCAACCCUCAUGUCCCGAAAAAGAAGAGGCAAAAAAAAACCAACAACAAAGAGCAGCAUUAUGUUUAAGGGCCUGUACAUCCACACAGGUGUGUUCAGUUAUAUUGCCUAGUGGUGAAGACACGAUAGACAUUAAACGGAGCGUAGACCAAACAACACUAAAGGAAACAACAUAAUUCAGUAGCUGCCAUAUCUGUCAUAUUACGCCGGACGAUGAAGUUCCCUUCAGUAAAUCCUCGGCACAAUGCAGCUAAACUGAGAAGAGGUCUUGCUCGGCAAAAUAACUGAAAACUACUUGUGUGAGUAAAUGGGGGAUGGACAGAAACUAUAAUACCCUAAUUACAGUAAACCAGUUCUCAAACAGUCAUAUUAUGUCGAUGUUUCAUUUGGUUUUACCAUGUUUGUGGACUCCAGAUUCUUGUGUGCUCUGUUUGUGGCUGAUUUUACUUGAUUGUCCCAUUUUUGAAACGGUAUACAUUUAAUUCUUUCUAGUAUACAUUACUCUCAAUUUAUGUUCAAGGACUGUAAAUUACUUUCUGUUGCUUUCUUGGUAUGUCAGUCAAGAAGAGAGUAGAGAGGUCAGAUGUGUCUGUGAAAUGUCACCAUUAAAUAUUUAGCUUUGUA